GUAGCUUCAGCCGCCGAGCAGGCUCUGUAUUCAUUAAUAGAAUACAUCACUUGCCGUGAUUGGCUCAUUGAUCAUCAGUGUAGCCCCAGCAGUGCAGCUGUCAGUGUCCAUCAGUGCCACAUAUCAGUGCCUACCAGUGCACAUCAAUGCCACAUAUCAGUGCCCAUCUGAGCUGCCUUUCAGUGCCACCCAUCAGUGCCAGUCAGUGCCACCUAUCAAUGUCAAUCAGUGCCACCUAUCAGUGCUGUCAAUCCGUGUCAUGUAUCAGUGCUGCCUUUCAGUGCCCAUCAGUGAUGCCUGUCAAUGCUCAUCAG